UAAGAUGGGCUAAAAACGCACUUUCUAUGUAUCCGAAAAAUGCGAGCAUUGCUAGGAGGACUACGUAAAGUUUCACACACUCUCUUUGAUUGCUGAUCGGCGAUUAAGGAAUAUGGAGAGAAAUUGCAGAGUUGCCACUGUGGCGAUGGCGUUGAUUCUACUACAAAUGAUUUUAAUGGCACCGCCUUCACUUGCUUACAGACCCGGAGACAUCGUUCCUAUGAGCCGCAUGGGUCAAUACCACUCUACUAGGACGGUUUGGCACGAUAUGAUAGGGAGGCACUGCCCAAUCUUCGCUGUUAAUCGCGAGACGUUGAUUCCGAUACCGAAACCCACUGGUUAUACUGGAGCUGAUCCAUAUAAAAUAUCAUUUCAAGUUGGAAGAGAGAAAUUUUAUAUCCCGUGGCUUUUUGUGAUCAACCGAAAGAGCUCAGAGGUCCCAAUGAUUGAAAUGCAUUUGAGGUAUUCCGGUGCUGAUUUGCUUGGUGUCACUGCAAAAGUUAUAGAUAUGCCUCACAGCUAUUUAGAAAUUCAUCCUGACAUUCAUAAACAAUUCUGGGAUCAGCAGCUAUGGCCAAAACAUAUUCUUGUCAGAUACACUUGGGAAGAGCAUUCAGAGAUUGACGUGGCUUCUGGAUUCUAUGUUCUCUUUGGAUCAGGUCUUAUCCUUUCGUUUAUGCUCUCAAUUUACAUUUUGCAAUCAUCUCGAGAUAAAUUAGUGAGGUUUGUGAGAGAGACUGUUGCUGAUAGCAGCAUACCCAGUGGAGGCAUAGCGAAAGUUGAAUGAUGAAUAUUGGCUGAAUUUUAAACACAUCCUGCUUCAAUCAUAUAUUUUUUGAUGAAAUUCUGAUCUUUCUGCAUUUUGCAACUUAACAUGAAUUGUUUAGACCAUUAGUGGCCAAAGGGUGAAACGGAGAAGUGGUUUGGGGGGGAAGGCGGGGGAACUAGGGAGUUGGGAUGUGUAGAAUGACAUGUAUUUAUACAGGUGCAAGUUGGAAGGAGGGUUCAACACAAAAUUUUCUUGUGCUUUUACUUUUUAAGCUAAUUGUACUUUUGUUUUGAUCUUGGUUUCUUCCUGAAAUAGUUAUUGUAGGCAGCUGAAGCCAUUAUAACCCAUUUUCAGACAAUGUUGGCAUUACCAGGUGACAUUACUAUGUUCUUGCAUUAUUGGUGAUCAUUGAUAA